GCCGAAAAACGUUCAGUCACUCUAGAGCAUUGGGCAACAGAGAUCGUGACGUGUGAGCAGUCGAGAGUUGCCAUUCGUUCAGAGUGCGCGGGCGCCAAGUUUCGAGUGGCCAAAAAAACACGUCGCCGAGACAAGAAAGAGAAAAUAAAAACGUGUAUGGAUUUGUGUGAGAUCAAUACGCCAGGCCGCGUUUUUUUCCCCCCAGUUGUAUCACAACCAAAUUUUGAAGGAGAGAUAAAAACGAAAAGGGGCAACGGUGAAUGUGUGUGUAUAUGCUUGUGGUUGUGGCUUGCAUAUCUGAUUACAUAGACACCACGUGGCUCAAUUACUUUUUUCUUUUUCUUUUUUCGUCGUUGCCAAAACUGGAUAAGAACUGCGUAAAGUUUCUGUCACUGCCACACUGGUGUGCUUUUACAUAUGUAAGGUUGGAUGUUGGAAAAAGCCAAAGAGAAAGGAAAUAUUUUCCCAGUCGAAAUGCCUCCUUUUGGAAGUCUCUAUUACCUCUACGGUACACCAGUCACACACACAGAGGGCACAAUUUCUAAUUUUAGAUUACAAGUGAAAAAUAAAACAAAAAAACAAAACAUGCGCAUUGGGCUUGUACAAGGAAAGGUUUGUUAUUGAGGCCUCAUUUGAUCACGUUCCAAUGAACUACUUCAUAUUAUUAUUAUACCAGUUUGAAAUGACUCCGCAACGCAAUACUAUUUAUUUGAUCUAUUUGAUAGCCCUUGAUAAUAAUAUUGAAGCUAACGGAAUCUAACCUAUUUUCUCUUCGACUCUCAUUUACAAUUCAUCAAGGUGGAAACAAUGCCGCUAGACAAAUGCUGAUGGAAAGUUGAAGAGACGAGAAAUUUCUGAUUGAAUGACCACGAGCGUAGAACUUCUUUAACGCCAACUAUCAAACCCGACGAACCGAAACUUGCGCUGCGCUUCGAAUUUUUCUUCCGUUCCUUAAGUUGUUCCUAUUCGAAGAAUGACUCACGGCGCUCCAGCGAAAAAGAAUCCGGCCAACGACGAUGAAGAAGUGAUUCCGCCCCCAGACGGCGGAUGGGGCUGGGCCGUCGUAUUCGGUUCCUUCAUGAUUCACAUUAUCGCUGACGGAUUCACGUACACGCUGGGAAUUUUUAUCGUCGAGCUGAUGUGGUAUUUCGACGAAGGCUCCGAGCGGACCAGUUGGAUUGCUUCCAUCAUGGUUGGCGUCACACUAGGAUCGGGACCUAUUGUCAGUUCCCUGGUGAACAAAUAUGGCUGCCGGACCAUCACAAUCGUCGGAGCAUUGAUUGCAGCCUUCGGGUUGGGUAUCAGCACGUUGGCGACGAGUGUAACCACCCUUUACGUCACGAUCGGAUUGCUAGCCGGUUUCGGUUUCGGACUGAUUUAUCUGCCGGCCAUCGUGAGUGUCACGUGUUACUUUGAGAAAAAGCGUUCGUUCGCCACGGGCAUCGCCGUUUGCGGGUCGGGCAUCGGCACUUUCAUUUUCGCUCCUUUAACCGAGGCCCUCAUCAAUACGUACGGCUGGCGCGGAGCUUUGCUCAUCAUCACGGCCAUCACCCUCAAUUGCAUCAUUUUCGGAGCACUCUUCCGGCCCCUGGAGACGGCCAGGCCGCGACGGAAGAGAACCACUUCCGAAGUGGCUGUCGAAAUGGUCGAGAAGGAGAAGCUCAUGGCCAUCAACGAAGAGUCUGCCAACUCACCGACUCAUCCUAGUGGAUCGGAUCCCGUUCGGCGUAGCGUUCACGACGUGCCCGUCAACGGCGAGAUGCACAGGAUCAGUCAGCAGGAGAAGAGCACCAACAACACGCUGACUGUCAACGCGGCCGUCGGAGACGCCUCGAUCGCCCGGAUGGCUCGCAGCCAGCCGCAACUUCUCCAAGUGCCAACGGCCGACGUGAUGGCCGGCGAGGAGAGCCGCAAGUUCGGCAGCUACGGCAAUUUGCCCAGCAGCAAUCGGGCCGACGCCGAGGCCGGCAUGUCGGUUUCCAGCCGCAAGGGCUCGACGGCCGGGUCGCGCUCCCACCACGGAGGAUCGGGUGUCAUGUACCGCAAGGACGCCCUCUACAGCGGCUCCAUGGUCAACAUACCCGAGUAUCGGGCCGACCCCAAAGGUUUCUCCGGCUCGGUGAUGCGCAUCCCGCCGGAUGACGGCUGCUCCGGAACGACCGACUCCAACGAGAAGGUCAAAGUCUGCGGCUUGAUCCCUUGCAGCAAGACAUCCUACGACGCCUACAAGGAAAUGAUGGACUUUGGCCUCUUGAAAGACCCCGUCUUCAUUCUUUUCACCGUAUCCAAUUUCUGUACCAGCAUCGGCUUCAACGUACCUUACGUCUACAUCAAAGAUAAAGCCCUCGAGUUGGGAAUUCCAUCGGCCAAUGCCAGUUUCCUCUUGUCCGUCGUCGGAAUCGCCAAUACCAUCGGUCGUGUUAUUCUCGGCUACAUCUCCGAUAAACCUUGGCUCAAUCGUCUUUGGCUCUACAACGGAGCUCUGACAGUCUGCGGUUUAGCUACUGCCUUCAGCGCUUUCUGUGAUGAUUACGUUUCGUUGAUCGUUUACUGUGCAUCAUUCGGUUUUACAAUUGGUGCCUACGUCGGCCUCACAUCCGUCAUCUUGGUGGACUUACUCGGACUGGAGAAAUUGACCAACGCCUUUGGGCUGUUGUUGCUCUUCCAAGGCAUCGCCUCCCUUGUUGGCCCCCCUAUAGCAGGCCGCUUGAAGGAUAAUCUCGGCUCGUAUGACGCGGGUUUCUACUUGGCCGGCUCGAUGAUUGCCAUCAGUGGUUUGAUGCUCUUCUUCAUUCCGUGUCUACAACGCUGGACAAAGUCGAAAGAAACGAAAGCGGCCGACAUCAGCACCAAAGCCGCUUUGACGCCUAUUCAUUAGAGUUAUAGGCAUCGGAAAAUACAACGUAAGAGGCCUCUUCGUAAGAGGCUGAAAUUGAUUAUCAAGAACUUCCAUUGGAAUUUGCCACAGACGUCUGCUAGAAAGAUGCAAAUGAUUAACAAAUGGAAACGAGAGAGAGAGAGAAAAAAAAUAUUUCAAUCCACAAUAAUUCCUCCCAGGGUACGUCAUCUUUCGAUAACUUCAGUUCAAUUUGUGUUGAUACUUGCAUCCAUGCAGUGCAUAUCCCUUCCUCAUUUAUCGUGUCAUCCAUGUUAGAAAAAAAAUAUUGCAAUUGAUGGAAAUUGAUAUAAGAUGCUGACAUCAUAUCCCAGUGUGGUCCAAAAUAUUAAAUUCUUUUUGAUUAAUUCUUAAUUGAAAUAUAUUGCGAAUGUAUAUGUGUGUGUGUGAGAGUGCUUGACAAAGUUGUCACUGCCUUGUUUUUCCCAGUGUGCCGUUUCUUCCGGCAAUAUGUGUAUUGUGUAUCUUACUUAUUCUUUAUUUUUAAAACAAAAAUAGGUAAUUGUCACGUA